AUGAGUGAGAAUAAUAAUGAAGGUCCGACUGGUUCAAGGUCGUUGGAUCAAUCAAGUGGGAGGAUCACUACUUCUGAGAUUCCACCUCAAUCAGGGGGUGAUGCAUCAGUUUCAACUGGGUCAAACAACAAUGGGAAUUCAGCCCAACUUCAGGAAGUACAGGUUGAGACCCAUUCCAGUUCGAAUGAUGUUGUUGACAGUACCACAAGAGAUGAAACAACCCCUUCAAUACCACCAUCAGUCAAUUCCGCUGAUGUACAAGCGGGUCAGCAAUCGGCAACCACUACGGUGCCACAAACUACACCCCAACCAACUCCAAGAUCAACUACACCCACAGCUGAUUUACCUCCAACCACAAACCCAACAGGAGGUGAGCAAAGUUCUCUUGAAGAUAAUUUAAGAAAUUUCUUCCAAGAUGAAUUAACUAGAGCUAAUGAUACUCGUCAGGAUUCAGCAGCUAUAGUGAUAUCUAUCAACUAUGUGUUUUCAGAUGAAAAUAAUCCUAGUAAUCCUAAUAGAUCGGGGAUAUUAACUUUAACAUUGCCUAAUAGUGCAUCUAAUCGUGACCCUAGAGUUUUACAAGAAUUCAUUAGAUUAGCUACUCAAAUGGCUUAUGCUACCAUCAUCAAUAAUAACAAUGGAGGUAAUAAAGGUGUAACCAUUGAUAAGUUUAAUUCAUUCAAGCAUUUAACAGCAGGUGAAAUCAAUGAUACUCAAUGUUCAAUCUGUUUAGAGACAUUUGAAGCUGAUAAUUUCAAUGUGGAAUUGAUCAAUAAUAAAAUAAAUGACGAUGUUGUAAGUAACAAAAAGAGAAAGUUGAAUGAUAGUUCUUCUGUAAUUUCUGAACCAACUACCGAAGAAAGAAAGAAAUAUUUGUCGGAGUUAACUACAGAAUUUCCUCAUAUUCCUAUUGAAAUGCCUUGUAAGCAUAUUUUUGGAAAAUCAUGUCUUUGUGAAUGGUUAAAGAAUCAUUCCACAUGUCCAUUAUGUAGGAAAGCCAUUGAAGAUCCAGAAGCCACUGCUGAUUCUGGUGAGGAUAAUAGUAAUAACAUCAGAGAAAACAUUUUGAGAAUGGGGGAAAAUAGAUGGAAUGUUGACGGCUCUAACGUGAUGGCAAUCAGUGGCACUGAAUUUGAUGAAAUUUUCAAUAAUUUCAGAGCCAAUUUAAAUCCUUCUACGACCACUACGUCCACCACCCCAUCUACCACCAGUUCCACCACUAGUACAACCCAAGAGCCAAGAAACAAUACUACAGAGAAUGAUCGAUCAACCUUGGUAUCUUUCGGAAGAAGAAUAAUCAGUAGACCAUCAAAUGUUUUCAGUUACAUUAGAAGAAGGCCACAGAAUGACAUGUUUGCAUCAGGAGUUGAAAGUAGAAGAACCGCAUCUGGGGUAGUCACUAAUACUAUCCCUUCCAACCCUGCACCGGAAUCAUUACCAUCAUCUGUUCCUCCGCCACCUCCAACCACUCAACUCUUUAGGAUCUUCCCUGAAGAUAAUACAGCUCAAUCAACACCAACCACUAGACCACAAGAUGCAGCAAAUAAUGACGAAGCAUCAGAAAAUACUGGAGAUGAUAGACCAAGGACCAAUAGUAACUCACUAACCGAUGAAAUAUUGGAUUAUUUGAAUUUAAGAAAUUUACAGGAAUAG